GGCCGGCGGCAGGGCGGCUCGGGGCCGGCCGCUUUCUGCCCGUCGGUAGCGGCGGGCGCAGUUCGGCCGCGCCAUGCGGGACUACGAGGAGGUGACCGCUUUCCUGGGCGAGUGGGGCCGCUUCCAGCGCCUCGUCUUCUUCCUGCUCAGCGCCAGCAUCAUCCCCAACGGCUUCAACGGUCUCUCCAUCGUCUUCCUGGCCGGUACCCCCGAGCACCGCUGCGCUGUGCCGCCCGGAGCCAACCUGAGCGAGGAGUGGCGGAACGCCAGCAUCCCGCUGGAGCUGCGCGGCGGGGUCACGGAGCCGAGCCGCUGCCGCCGCUACCGCCUGGCCGUGCUCGCCAACCUGUCGGCGCUGGGGCUGCGGCCCGGUUCCGACGUGCAGCUGGCGGAGCUGGAGCAGGAGCCGUGCCUGGACGGCUGGGAGUACAGCCGCGACGUGUACCGCUCCACCAUCGUCACCGAGUGGAAUCUCGUGUGUGACAAUGACUGGAAGGGGCCCAUGAGUACCUCCCUGUUUUUUGUGGGCGUGCUGCUCGGAUCUUUCAUAUCAGGACAGCUCUCAGACAAAUUUGGCAGGAAGAACGUGCUGUUCUCAACUCUGGCAAUGCAAACCAUCUUCAGCUUCAUUCAGAUCUUCUCUACCAGCUGGGAGAUGUUUUCCGUGUUCUUUUUGCUGGUCGGCAUGGGACAGAUCUCGAACUACGUGGCAGCGUUUGUUCUUGGCACAGAAAUUCUUGGCAAAUCCAUUCGUCUGCUGUUCUGCACGUUGGGCGUUUGCAUCUUUUAUGCCUUUGGCUACAUGUUGCUGCCACUGUUUGCGUAUUUCAUCAGAGACUGGAGGAUGCUGCUGCUGGCACUUACUUUACCUGGGCUGCUCUGCAUCCCACUGUGGUGGAUCAUUCCAGAGUCUCCACGAUGGCUGAUCUCUCAGGGACGGUUUCAAGAAGCAGAAGACAUCAUCCGAAAGGCUGCAAAAAUUAAUAAGGUUACAGCCCCAGAUGUAAUCUUUGACCCCAGCGAGCUGCAAGAUUUGAGUUCCCAGAGGCAACAGACAUACACCAUUUUGGAUCUAAUGAGAACACGAAAUAUCCUCACUAUCACGAUUAUGUCAGUGAUUCUGUGGAUGAUAAUCUCCGUCGGUUACUUUGGACUUUCUCUUGACACACCCAACUUGCACGGCGACGUCUACUUGAACUGCUUCCUCUCAGCAGUGAUUGAGGUUCCAGCCUACAUUAUCUCCUGGCUGCUGCUUCGAAAUCUCCCCCGACGGUAUUCAAUGGCUGCUGCGUUAUUCUUGGGAGGCUGUGUUCUUCUCUUCAUUCAGCUGGUGCCUUCACAUCUUCGUGCCCUAUCUAUUCUCCUGGUGAUGUUAGGGAAGUUUGGGAUCACAUCUGCCUUUUCAAUGGUUUACGUUUACACGGCUGAGCUCUACCCAACGGUAGUGAGAAACAUGGGAGUUGGAGCAAGUUCCAUGGCGUCCAGGCUUGGCAGCAUCCUCUCACCUUAUUUUGCUUAUCUUGGUGCCUACGAUAGAUUCCUGCCUUACAUCCUGAUGGGGAGCCUGACCGUGCUAUCGGGAAUUCUGACUCUGUUCCUGCCAGAAAGCUAUGGUAUGCCUCUUCCUGACACAAUUGAGCAAAUGCUGCUGGUAAAAGGACUAGAAUACAGGCCUGCAUCUAGUGCCAAAAGGAAUUCAAAGGAGGAAGAAGAAAAUCCAGAGAUUUUUAAGAGCACAGCUUUUUAAUGAAAUGCCUACUUCCUGAUGGACUGCAAGUUAAAUGGAUUUGCUCCUAGUGCUCAUUCUAGAAAAGGGCUAGUGGCAACACUUCUUCCUGCAAUCUUAACCUUAUUUAUUAAUUUAAACACUGUGUUCCAUAUAUUCUCUUUUUAUAUGACCACAAAUACUGUGUAGCCUUCACUGAUUUUUUCAGCCAGUUGUUUUUAGGCGUUAAUACCAAGGAACAGUAUCUGAUCAGACCUUUGGAAGUAAGUGUGUAGCUGAGCUGAAUGAUACUUGAAAGUGAGUUGAAGGGCUGGCGGAGCACCUGGACUCCACAGUGAGUCUCCAGAGCUAAUGCCCAUCCAGAAUUUAGAAAUGCCAGAAAAAGCUGCUAAUUACUUUUGAUUUCUUGACUUCUGUCUUUGGACAGGAAACUUAUUUAUUACAGUGAAGGUUAUGCAAACAUGCCUCUGUGAUCUUACUCAAGUGACUUUGCACGUGCUGAGUUUGCUAACAGAUUCAGAAAGAUGCAAAGAAGGAUUUUUGAGAAGGAAUUCUAACUUGGUGUGUUGUGAUUCAGUGUAGGCUGAAAGGAUGGUCUUGCACAGAACACAGCAUUGAAGUUUUGCUGACAGAGUCCUCUUGAAUCCAGUGCUGGAUUUCAGCUACAGCUUUCUGAUGACGUUGUUUACAUCUGACACUGGAACAUGGCCCAUUUUAAGGCUGUAUUUAUUUAAAAUGAUGCAGAAGGUUUCGUCUGUGUGUGGAGAGGGUGGUGGUGGUGUGAGCUUCUUCCCUUUUGGUGAGUGCUGGAAACUUUCUUUCUGAAUUCUUUGGGUUUUUAAACCACAGUCUGUGCAGUGUGGAUGGCAGAAGCUAUUCUUCUGUCUUAGUUCUGUCCUUGCUAUGCACACACACACACACACACACACACACACACGUGCACAUACUAUCAGUAAUCCAUGCCACUGUGUUGACCUCAUGGUGAGAAUUCCCGAGAUCAACAUUUACAAUGCAUUUCUGACCACUGGUUUUUGAUUCUUGGCUGCCUACUGUACAACGCUGUGAGGUCUGUUAUUUCACUUCACUCCUGUUAAUUGUUAAUUGUGUUAAGACUGCUUUUAAAAAAUCACAUUGAAAAUCUGCUGAGGCUCUUCCUUGGGUCACAGCAGCACCCUUGGCAUUGCCUGUGUCUGUUUAAACAUGUGCAUACACAUGGUCUCAUUUGUGCCAUUCUGAACUUGCACUGCAUUACAGUGUGACAGAUGUGUGUGGUGAAAGCAUUCAUCCCAUGGCAUUUGUUUGUGUGUUGUCCUGUCUUGUAGAGGCUGAAUGAGCAGAGCAUGAAUUGUUCUGCUCAGGGCUGGCGGGGCCUUGCUGGCUGCUGGCCAUGGGGCAUUGUGCUGCUCUGUGCCAACAUGCAACAUCAGCUGGUCCAAGGCUUUUGUUAACCACAGCUCUGUACCCUGUCCUUGCCAACCAGGCUUUCUUAAGCUGUAGGGUUUCGCUGCUUUCCCUGCAUCUUCUCACCUGCGUGCUCAGUGCUCUGACUGCUGGGUGCAGCAGGGACUGGCUGGUGGUAGCAGGCCCAGAGCAAUACAGGGAGGCUCACUGUUGUUGUCGUCAGCUCCUCUGGGAAGAGAAAUCCCAAAGCUUUGGCAGGUUCCACAUCACUUCUGGUUGAUAGAAGGCCCUUGGCUGGUGGGUUUAAAAUGCACUGUGUGAUUUGAAAAUGGAGCAUGCAUUGAGAAUCUGAAUUUUGCAAGCUUCACUGUGCAUCCUGUAAUAGCCUCAGUGUGUGCAAGUAGGCUUCAGGAAAGUGCAUGAAAGCAGGCAGGCUGUGUGCUCAGCCCAAAUCCAUGAUUCUCUUUGUCACAUUGCCCACCUUUUGCAGAAUACUCAUUGAAAUUGUAAGAAUAUGCUCUACAAGUCAGCACAAAUAAUUGCCUUUGUAUGCCAUGUCUCUGUUAGGCUGAUAGGAACUGGACCAUUGAGAAGCAGCUUUUUUGUGCUGCAGAAGAAACCUCACCCACAGGAAUGUGAGGCAAAACAUUCAGCUGCACUUCCCUGUCACGAAUUUGCCAAUGUAAACAGCCCUGUCCCAUGAAUCUUUUCCUGUAAACUGUUUCAGAAGAUAUCCUGAAAUGUAAGCUACGUGCCUGCCUGAAAUGUGACCUGCCAUGGAAAUUCCUGCUGAAGCCCAUCCAACGUCUCAUUUAGCUGUUAUCUUUAAUCUGCUGUUUCACACAGGUUAUGAGCCUUCAUGUGCCUCGGCAGCAGGCUUUUGUUCUUGAUGAUUCUUAUGUUUAUUAAGAGCUUGUUUGGGAUUUUAAUAUGAUUAAAUUGGGGGAAUUUCCUGGUCGUGACUAAUCCUACUACAAUGACAACCUCUGUGCCACAGGUUACAUUUUCUUCCUCACUAAUCUUAAGAUCCAAAAGUGAGUCAGAAGCAAUCCAUUUAAUAUAGCAUCCUGUGUUACUUUGUUUACUUUCCUCUCCUGCCCUAAUCCUCGAGCUUAUCUCUGCAACAGGGAACUUGUUUUGGUGUGAAAUCAGAAUCCGGGUGCUAAGUAUUCCCAAAAGAAUCCCAGGGGAUGUUUCAGUAGCAUCACUGGGCAGGGGUUUUGAUCUGGGCAAGCAGGAUGCAGGUGGAGAGCCUGACCCAGCUGUGAGGGUGACAUCAGUGCUGGCAGUAGGUCAGAUCUGCACCAAAUGGGCUGUGGAUGCCCUCUGUACCAAACGGUGGAGACAGUGCUAGGGUCAGAUUGCACCUGGUUAAUGCAUGUGCUGCUUAGUUGUGCAGAAUCUGUUCCGCUGCCCCUUGUGGAAGGCCUUGUUUCGCUGAGAGCUCUCCUGUUGUCCUCAAAGAAGUGAGGAGUGAUGCUUUGUAAGGGGUUGGGCAGAAGUUGCCUAUGAAAGAGGGGCUGUGGUAAAACCAGGAGUGUGGUCAUGGCACAGGAAGGUUACACAGAAUUUGGCUUUCAGCUGAACGAUAACCUGGGAGAUGCAGGAGGGCUGUGAUGCCCUCAAUGUGCAUUACAACCAUUGAGAUCUCUGGUCAUGGAACAUUGCUGCACGCUGCAGGAUCUCCAGUGAGGAAAACAGCAUUAAGGCCGUGGCUUGGAAACUGGGUUCCCUUCAUUCCCACCUCUUUGAUUCCUUUCAUCUCCCUGGGAGAGAUGCACAGCCCCGUGACUUUGGUUUCUUUGCUUGCAAGUGGGAAUAUCAUUAGCUCAAAAAGUACCACAGCUGCUUCAGACUGAAGCUCACACACAGCAGUGUGUGAUGCUCUGAUACGACUCUCCUGGCUCUGGAUGUUGUGCUCUCAAGAACAUCUUUAAUGUUCUGUCCUUCAGAAGCAGCUCGGGAUGGCUGCUGACAGUCAGGCUGAGGAGAAGCAUCACUUCAGCAUUAAUUUUCUCUAUGCACUUAAGUACGUUGUAAAAGUGUUGUUCUUCCAGGGGACUUUCCUUUUGAGAGAUGAUGAUACUGUAUUGCUGAUCUGGUGGAACUUGAGAUGAAUGUGAGUUAUCCCCACCUCUGUUUACAGCUGCUUUUGUUUCCUGGCCUCACCCACGGGGGUUCAUUUAUCAGCUCCCUGGGGGCCAUGAGCACAACAAGCACCUGAGGAAGCAGUUGGGACGGUCUCUGUGAUUAAAUUUGUAUUUCACUAUUUGUAGAAUAGGACCUUAACUUGAGAAGCCUUUGCUUAAAACACAGAAUCAGCUUAGGUAGCACAACGUGAUGCUCAUACGUGCCUUUGGGGUGCUUCGACCUGCUGGAAAUGGCCACAGCCUUGUAUAUAGAAACUAUGGAAAUUUCUUCUGAGAAUGUAAAUACUCUUAACUAAAUUGAUUCUUACCCCUGUUGUUGUUUUUUUUUUUAUAGAAAAAUGCUUGUUGUUUGUAAAAUCCUGAAUAAAAUCAUAUCUGGGAUUCUCAUUCAAA